UUGAAUCAAUCCAAAGGCUUUCCUCUGAGAGAAGCGUUCUUCCAGUCGAGCGCCAUGAGCCAGGUGGGAACGAAUGGCGACGACCCAGUUCUUCCCCAAGAUAUCAUCACCAACAUUCUCGUACGCCUCCCAGUAAAAUCCCUAAUCCGAUUUCAAUGUGUCUGCAAACCUUGGAAAAAUCUCUUCAAAUCCUCAUCUUUCAUCGCUGAACACCUCCAGCACUCCUCUCUUCAAAACCUUUGUCUUCUCUUAGAAGAUUUUGGAAAAUAUGAUCCUUUUCAAAUAUGCUUGCUCGAUCGUGAGAUGAAAGUCGUUCAAGUUCCGAAUGAUCCUUUUACCAAUUCCAUGCGGUGGUGUGUUUGGACCAUUGAUUCCUGCAAUGGCUUGCUCUGUGUGGGCAUGGCUACUUUUCCUAGAUCUCUUUCCCUUUUAGUGUGGAAUCCAGCUACAAGAGAGACAAGACCGGUGCUUAGAGCUGUUAAUUAUUCUGAGGAUGAAUAUUUUUGUGUGGGAUUUGGGUUCAGUCCAACCCUUGAUGAUUACAAGAUAGUGAAAGUUCGUGUUUCUGAGAUUGAUUAUCUGGUUAAUCAAGUGGAAGUGUAUUCAUUAAGCACAGGUUCAUGGAGGGAAGUAGAAUUUGGGAACUUAGAUGGUGUAGCUAUUCAUUCUGAUGGUUUCACUACUAAUGGAGCUAUCUUUUGGAUUGGGCUAAAGCUUGGUGUGGAGGAGGAUGAAGAUGAUAUUAAUUUUAUAGUCUCAUUUGACAUAGCAAUGGAACUGUUUACCUUGAUACCAACACCUCCUUCACCCUUUUCUGUUAGAACUACAUCAUUUCCCAAAUAUCUUACUGCAUAUGAGAACAAACUUGCUGUGCUUUCUGACACUUUGAGUGGAGACUCCAGAUCGUCUUUGAUUCAUUUGUGGGUGAUGGAGGAGGGGACUGGCACAAAUAGGGAGAGAUGGAGUUGGACAAAGAAAUACACUAGCAAUCCUUAUCCAGACUUGUUUUUAAUUCCAAUAACUAUAUGGAGGAAUGAAAUUGUCUGCAAUGUUAGAUCCAUUGAUCAAGUUGAAGAUGAAGUAGAGAAUGAUGAACGAAAAAUUGUGAUGUUCAAUCUCACAACUAAUGAAAUUAAGACGCAUGAUAUCCGCAAAUCUGCCCUUGGUUAUGGUAUUUUCAACCAUGCCGAAAGCCUUGUACCAAUAGGAAACAUCCAUACUGAAUAGCUUUGGUCCAAAAUUUUUCUUAUUAUAUUUCAUGUUUACCUUGUUUAGGCACUUUUGGUGGGAAUAUACCUAUAACCUAUAAGAGUUUAGUUCAUUCCAGAACUAUAUCUAGAAUGAUGAAUGCAGAUAUGCAAUAAUAGAUUACUGUAGCUUUAUUUGACUUUUCUAUAGUAUCAGGUUUUUAUAUUUAGUUACUGAUGCGUGGAUUAUUUGGGACUUUGUUGUCCAGCUAAUU